AUGGGCACGCACAAACGUAAACGCACCCGCCCGAGACGGGAGAAGGCGAAUAUCUCCGAUGCCCCAGAUGAGAUCAUGGAUCAUAUCAUGAGUUUCGUUCCGAGACGAGGCCUCGUGAAUCUUUGCCUAGUUAACAAAUCCCUCCGCUCCUAUGCUGAGCCCUUUCUUUAUUCCACCAUUGCGCUCAAGUGGACUGAGAAUCGGCCACCCCCAAUUAUCAAUCUUUUGCAAACCCUUCUCCGGAGACCUGAACUGCUAGCCUUAGUCCAGAGUUAUAUACCGAUCAUAGAAGAUCUCAGACUACCGUUCACUGAUCUUUGGGUGCAAAAGCUCCGGGCGGCUCAUGUGGACGCUUUUGCUGCUCUGUUGAUUGCGCAAGCUUACAAUAUAAGACGACUUAUUAUUGUUGACAGUUUUCUUCGGUCGUCUGAUUUUCUUGCAAAACUUCUCCGGCACGGAGCCUUGGGCCAGCCUCCCAAAUGGAGGCGCCUUGAACAGCUAGCCUUCUUUGGCCCCUAUGUGGACCAGAGAUCUGAGGUUGCGCAGGCUUCGUUUUGCCUAUCAACGGUGACAGAGUUGGCGGUUUCAUUCGGCGACUUGCAGGUUCUUCAUUGGCCAGCAUGUGAGCCUCGUCUUGACCACUUGACUUCGCUGGACGUCGACAGCAACUGUGCAACCCUGAUGGCCGGAGUACUUGCCCGAACACGGUGCCUCAAGUCUCUUUCUUGGGAAUGGGAAUACUACCCUGAGGCAGCAACCGUGGACUUUGACGAGAUCAUCGCGGCGUUGUCACACGUUAAAGCUACCUUGGAGAGCCUUCGGCUUAGAAUGGAGUUUCCUCACCACUGGCGGCUAUAUGACGAACCAAAUUUGAUUGCUUCCGGGUCUCUGAGGCCUCUUCUCGAUUUCGACGGAAUAACAAAGUUAGAUGUGCCGUUAAUGGCUCUGACGGGCUUCGGAGCUGAAGCAACAUCACUGGUUAGUUCUUUGCCUCGCAAUGUCGAAGAGCUUUCUCUUUCAACUGGUAUGGUUUACCAAGAUGUCAAAUGGCUCCGCGAUAAAAACCUCCUAUGGCCGGAUGCGGGUAUCCUCAACAUGAUUGAAGAAUCGUUUAGGCACUACCGGACUAGCCUCCCACGGCUGCGCUGUAUCAAGAUCAAUGAUACCACCAACAGCUGCCGAAGUGGAGAAAUGGAAACAAUACUGGAAGAAAGUUCUCCGGUUGAUGGUAUUGAUAUCGAGAUUGUUCAUGACACGUCGUCUCCUUGGAGGCAACAUCUUGAUGACCUAUAG